GAAAAAAAAGAGAUAAGACUUAUCUUUAUGGUCUUUUGCUGUGUACAACUGACAAAUGUCAGAUUUGGUUUUAGUGUAUUUUUAUGUUUGUUUGUUUUUUUGUCUGGCAUAAAAGCACGCUCUAUUUGACUUUGGUAAAUUAUUAACAUUUUGAUCCCCCAUUGGAGACAAAAAACAAACAAAAACCCCCAAAAAAGAAAAAAAAAAGGAAAGCUCAGUGAGUUUGUGAGGCGACCUAAAAAUGAGAGUUCCUGUAGAAAUCAUCAGCUUUUCCUGUUUUCUAUUUUCUGUUACCUCUGCGCAAGAUCAAGAAUGUCUUGGGGAGGACAUCGUAUAUGAAAACGCAGAGCCAGUUGCGAACAUUUCAUACACUGAUGGUGAAACAGUAAAAGUGUACUGCAUGACAGGUUAUGGUGGAUUUUACAGGUUAAUGUGUAAAAACGGACAAUGGCUGACGCUCAUUGCCCAAAGAUGCUUAAAGAAAAGAUGUGGUCAUCCAGGCGAAACACCAAACGGUGAUUUUAAACUUAUAAAGGGAACAGAUUAUACUUAUGGAGCAACAGUGCAGUAUACUUGCAAGAAAGGGUACGAAAUGACAAGCAGAAUCAAUCAUCGUCACUGUAGAAUCAAAGGGUGGGAUAAUUCUGUCCCUGUCUGUGAGGAGGUGAGAUGCCCUGUGAUUCACACAGACGGGGAUGUGGCCGUAUCGGGCAACACAGAGGAAGGAACUUUUGGCGAUGUUGUUCACUUUGAGUGUGUAUCUUCUUUCAAAAAGCUAGACGGAAGUAGUGUCAUUCAUUGUGAGGAGAAUGGUGUUUGGAGUGGGCCUGUUCCACAGUGCAUAGUAACUUGUCAGCUGGAUCUAACCGAACCUGAAGUAGUAAAAACCAUUCCAUGGGGGAAAUCAUUUUUUAAAGCUGGAGAAACAGUGGAAGUUAUCUGCAAAAAACAGAUCUAUAAUAAACAGGAAACAUUUACAUGCACCGAUACUGGAAAGUGGGAUUACAAGCCUACUUGUGAGGAGCAAAAGUGUGAAGCUCCACUCAACCAGCAUCUGUAUUUACUAAAAUAUUACUUUAGUGGAGAUCUGUAUUUGGGAGCGAGAAGAUCUUACCGUUGCGAGUCUGGUUAUCGUGAAACAGCAGAAGUGGCCACAUGUACACGAGACGGAUGGACACCGAAACCACUGUGUGCUGAACUUAUGUGCGAUCCACCAAUAAUCCCAAAUGCACAGAUCGUAGAAGGUCAGACAAAUGCAUACAAAGUCUCUUGGAGCAUAAAAUAUAAAUGCAAUCCUGGAUUUGAACCAGAGGAGCCUGUAAAAAUCACCUGUGACUCCAAGGGCCAGUGGACAGACAUACGGAAAUGCAGUGAUGGUACCUGCGAGGAGAAAGAACUCAAAAAUAUACAAAUUAUAUUCCAAUAUCCGAACACCACUCUGCCUUAUAAACCUGGACAUAUCUUAGUUUUUCGAUGCACCGAUGAUAACAUGAGGUUUUACGGCCAACGUGCAAUCGAAUGCCUGCCAGACGGGAGGUGGAAUUACCCAUAUCCACAAUGUGGAGGAACGGUUCAGUGCUCCAAACCAACAAAGAACGUGCAGUUUGUGACACUGUCAGACGAGAAAACUGAGUACAGAAACUCUGAGACUCUGACAUACACUUGUAAAGAACCGUACAGUAAAAUUCCUGGAGGAGUUUUAAAGUGUCAAAACGGAAAUUGGAACGGAACGUUUGACUGCCAAAGUACGAUCUGUCCACCUCCUCCGUAUCUUCAACAUGGAGAUUACAACAUCAACAGUACAAAAGAUGAUGUGAUCACAGCGGUAUCUUACACUUGCCAGUCUUACUUUGUGCUUACCAAGAACCAGGACGUUUAUAAGUGUGUGGAUGGGAAAUGGGAGACUCCUCCGAAAUGUCUCAAACCUUGCGAAAUUGAUGAUUUUGUUGAGCAGUACAAUCUCAAGCUUCCUACGGGAAAGGUCUACAUAAAGCACGCUGAAAAGUAUAGACUUAACUGUACAGAUGGAUGGAAUGCUGGGAAUGAGAUUAAAGAGUACGUGGACGUGCUGUGCUCCAACGGACAGCUACAGAUUGACAAAAGUUGUGAUACACAAAAUAAAAGAAAAUAAACUGGAGUGGUAAUUGAGUUCUUGUCACUGCACUUGGUUACUGGAUCCUCAGCAGUGAAUGGGUGCCGCCAGAAUGACAGUCUAAAAAAACAUCCAGUCAACAUCUUCUGAAGUGAAAAUCCAACUUCCAACUGCUGCUUUCGGUGAAGUCCUCUAUGCACAUUAAAGCUUUCUCCAGUGAAAGAGUCAUCUUAUCAGAAUCAGGAGAGAAAUAUGCAGAUAAAACCUUUUCAGCCCUCUCCUAUCACACUGCAGACUUGACCUCUUGUAAAUGUUCUCGCACCUUAUAAAGUUCAAAUCAAUAUUC